CAAAACAAAAGGUGAAAACCAGAAAACCUGUGAAAACUGGAAAAUAAUGCUCGUUUUCCAAAUAAAUACUGUGAAUAAAUUAAAUUGAAUCUAACAAUAAAGAUGUAAUAGAGAUUUAAAAACAGACGUGGUAAAGAAGCUUGUUAUAAUGUCAACUAUAAAAGAUAUUCGUGAGAAAAUUGACAAAUUCAGGUCUAAAGUGAUCUCAGCCCUAUCAGAAAUUUCUGAGCUAGACAUAACUUGUAAGACUGUGAUAGAGCAACAUUUGAAGGACACUAAGCUAAUCAAUUCAACAUCUACGGUGAAAAUCCAGGCGAUCAUUGAUUAUAUGUAUGAACAAGUUAACAUUGGUAAUUGGAAAGAAGUGAGGUUAUUUUUGAGAAAAACAAUUACAAUUACGACCUAUUUACGUCUUUUGGCUCAUAUGAAGAGCAUUGGUAACCUUUCCGAUGAUACUAUUAAAGAGGCUCUUAGAAUAAUUGAUUUUGGGAUACUGUUUGGCUGUCCUAUUGAUGCUGAACCAAAACUGCUACAAGUAUGUGCUACAAGUCUACAUUCAGCGCUAACAAUAGACUGUGAAGAAUCAAGCGUGAGUACCAGGAAUUUGGUUAACACUGAUAAUGAAUUAAAAAGUGAUUCACAUAAUUUAAAUAUAUUAGACAUAAUAGACUGCCCUAGCAUGGAAAAUUUCUUUAGAGAUCACAUACUAGCAGAGAAACCGGUGAUACUAGAUAAUUGUAUAAACCACUGGCCUGCACUUACAAAAUGGCAGGACCAAAGUUAUUUUAUCAAACUAGCAGGAUUGAGAACAGUUUCAAUCGAAUUAGGGAGGGACUAUACUGACUCGAAAUGGACACAGAAGCUAAUGACAAUAGAAGAUUUUAUUAAAAACCAUAUAUAUGUUGCUAGUAGUACCACAGGAUACCUUGCUCAGUACCAACUUUUUGAUCAGAUACCAGAAUUAAAGAAUGAUAUCACAGAACCAGAGUACUGUUGUUUUUCUGAUACUGAUGGCUGUAUCGACAUCAUGGCCUGGUACGGACCUAAAGGUACAGUGUCACCGCUCCACCAUGAUCCAAAGAAAAAUUUAUUGGCUCAAGUUGUUGGUGAGAAACAAGUUUUUCUAUUUUCGCCUCAGGAAACUGAAUAUUUAUACCCUCAUAAGCAUGAGUUAUUGAACAACACAGCGAGAGUUGAUCCUCGUAAGCCAGAUUUGGAAAAGCAUCCUAAAUACAAAGAGGCUAAAGGUUUCUUUUGUGUGUUAAAACCAGGACAGAUGUUGUAUAUCCCACCUAAGUGGUGGCACUUUGUAGAAUCACUGUCUGUCAGUUUUUCUGUUAGUUUUUGGUGGGAAUAGACUUUAAUCACUUUAUGCAAUU